CGCAUGUUCAUGUCAAGUGUAGUGCAAAGGAAAUAAUAUUUUGGCUUUCGGGGGCCUAAAAUUAGCUAAAAUGCAUAAGUUAAAGUUCUCACAAAGAGAUAAAGUAAAGAAAUUCAUUACAUUUACACAUACUGGAGAACAAACUGCAAUAUAUUGUUUAGCACAAAAUGAUUGGAAGCUAGACUUGGCAAGUGAUAAUUAUUUUCAAAAUCCUGAGGCAUAUUGUAAAGAACCAAAAAAUACAGUAGAUAAAAAGAAAUUAGAAAUAUUGUUUAGUCGAUAUCAAGAUCCAAAUGAGCCUGAUAAGAUUACAGCAGAUGGAAUAAUGAAAUUUUUGGAUGAUUUGGAUUUAAGCCCUGAAAGCAAAUUAGUAUUAAUAAUCGCAUGGAAAUUUAGAGCAGAAACACAAUGUGAAUUUACUAAAGAUGAAUUUAUGAAUGGAAUGACAGACUUAGGUGUUGACAGUAUAGAUAAAUUAAAAGCUUGUUUAAGUAGUUUAGAAAAUGAAUUGAGAGAUCCUCAAAAAUUUAAAGACUUUUAUCAGUUUACAUUUAAUUAUGCAAAAAAUCCAGGACAAAAGGGUUUAGAUCUUGAUAUGGCUAUUGCUUAUUGGAACAUUGUAUUAGAUGAUAAAUUUAAGUUCCUGCCUUUAUGGUGCCAAUUUUUACAGGAACAUCAUAAGAGGUCAAUUCCAAAAGAUACAUGGAAUUUAUUAUUAGAUUUUGCACUUAUGAUCAACCCUGAUAUGAGUAAUUAUGAUGAAGAGGGAGCCUGGCCAGUACUGAUAGAUGAUUUUGUAGAAUGGGCACAGCCCCGAAUUCGUCAGUCCCUCUAACAUCUUUUUGUUACAUCUUUAACUUCAUAUAAAACAAAGCUUUAUUUAUUCAAUUAUAAAAUCGUAUAUUCUUCAAGUGAAACUUGAUCAUAUUUUUCUGAUAGAGCAUCAUUUUACUUUGUGUACAGAGUAUAUGAUGAUGAAGCAGGAGUAUUAUAAUUGUUAGGAUCAAUCUAAUGUAUAAUAAUUCUCUCUUUCUCUCUCUAUAAUGUAAACAAAUUUAUGUGUGUAUAUAUAUAUAUAUAUAUAUAUGUAUGUGUAUAUAUAUAUACAUAUAUAUAUAAUUCAUAAAAACAAAUUGAUUUCAUAAAUAAUUAGAAUUUCUGUAUUUAAUUCCAAAAUUAUUAAAAUUUUACAUAAGAAUCCCAUUAUUAUACAUCUGUCUGUACAAAGUAAUAUGAUGUAUAAUCAGUUUGUUCGAAAAAAUAACAGUGAAAAAUGCUCAAUUAUCGACUGUAUUUGCAAAAUCUGAAGAAAUCGCUGACUGUGUUCCUUUGCACGAAUUUGGCUUCAAAAGGAGAAAUCAUAAGAAAGAUUCAUUUAUAUCAUUUUGUAGAUAGUAAUUUCUAGAAAUUGCGUUGUUAAAAAUUGUUAUUAAAUAAAUUUUACGACACUCUACAGAACACUUGUAAUAUACAUACAAAAAAAAAAAAGAAAACACAGAGAGAAAAAUCUGUAUUUUAAACAAAACGUUAUUUCGGCACUCGUAUACUUAUCUUUUUUACUAUCACCAAUUUAAAUGGUGACAGAAAAAGAUUUGUUUCUGUUUUAUUAGUGAAGAAUAAUAUUUAUAUUGUAAUUCUGAGAUAUAAUAGCUGUUAGGGAAAAUAAAUUAAGAAUUUUUUACAAGUUUAAAUUAUGGGUUUCAUUUACAAUUAUUGCAGAUUGAAUAUAUUUUUUUAUAUCAUAAAAAUAAUGGAUAUAAAUAUUUAUUGGUUUCAAAAUUUACAUAAAUCAAAUGUAUAUCAAAUUGUUAAGAAAGCAAACAACUGAUGAAUCCUCAUAACAAAUUUUUUGUUUAUACUACAAAGUGUUGUAGUUAUUAAUAACAUUUUAAGUUUUAUGUUUUCUUUCUACUUCACAAUGCAAUGUGUGUGAUUAAUGCUUUUGUAGCUUAGCAAAGUACACAAAUUUUCAAAACUACUAAUCAUUUUAAUUUAUAUAUAAUGCAAAAAAAUUACAGAAACAUAAUGUAAAGAAAUAUAUAUCUCUGCAACUUCAUGGUUAACAAUUAAGAAAUCAGAACAUUAUAUCUGUUUAGGUAUACUAACAUUGAAAGGUGCAAAGUAGAGAAUUAGCAAUAUAAAAAAUAUGUCGUCCAGAAAUUUUGGAUUAUAUUUUAUAAGAAUGUUAAAACAGUUAAAAUGAAGGUUCUGAUAUAUGCAUUCUUUAUAAAAGGAAGAGUCCAGUAAAAUGUUGUCAAAAGUAUGUUUGUGCAAUGCAAAAAAAAAAAUCACAAUGUAUAUUACAUUAAUUUAAAUGAUAUUAAGAAAAAUACGAUUUUCAGAUUUAAACUACGUUAUUUUUUUAAUAUUUUAUGCAUUGCGCGAACAUUAAAAGAUUGUAAUAGUUUUAGGAAAAAAUUGUACAUAAUGUAAAUAAAUCUGUCAGUCUUAAUCUACAUAGUAUGUGUAAUUAAACAAAAAAUACCGUAAUCAUUAUAUUAUAAUAUUUAGUUUCAAACAAAACUAUUUAAAUAUAACAGUAAAAUAAAUUUUUACUGUUAUAUAAAAUAAAUUUUUAAACUUUAUAUAUAAAUUUUACUUUUUUUUUAGUAUUUUUGUAUAGCUUUUAAAAUAUUUACAUAUGCACACUUAAGUGUGUAGAAAAGUAAGAAUUAUUUUACUAGAUUAUUGUUCUCUGCAAUGACUGCCACAGUUGCAUAAAGGAUUACAGCCACAGCAUUGUGAAUUGAAUGGAUAUAAAAAUGCUAGCUCAUAUUGAUUUGCUUCUGUAUUGUAACAUUCAUUUAAUAUAUCCUCUGUGUACCAAUUGCAUAAAUGUUCCAACUUGUCUAUAGUUGUCUACAUUAUUUUUUUUACUAUUAAUAUGACAUGCAUUACUAUCAUUUAAAAAUAUUGUAAUAUUUAUUAAAUAUCAGUCUUGUUAUAUAUAAUUAUAAAUCCUUACCUGUGCAAUAACUAAUCCCCGAUUUGGAUUUACAAUUGUACUAUGACUAUGAGAGUCAAAAAAAGUUACCUAUAGACAAAACUUUCAUGAAACAAGAUUUUUAUAGACUUCACAAAGCUGUUCUUACCAUAUUUUCUUGAAAUAUGAAUAGUACUGUACGCCCACAGGUAAUAAGAAGCAUAAAUAAAUUCUUAGAUCUUGGUGCUAAAUACCAUUUAUGUAAAAAAUCAUUUAUAUGUUGGUAUAAACCGUUUUGAAUCCUUUCAUAAAAUACUUGAAAUGUCUAUAACAUAAUUGAUAUGUUUUAAUAUGUCAAUAUAUCUUAUGUUACAUAAAAACAUUUUAAAUCAGAAAAUUAUCAAAGAAAAAACAAUAGAAUAUAUGUUUAAUUUGUACCCAUUCUCUUAAUAGAUUUAAGUUUCUGCCUCCAAGUUUUAAUGCUUCUUCUGUACUAAGAUACGGAUGAGAAACCAAACCUUUCUUAACAAUCCAUGCAUGAAUGUUAUUACCUUCUAUCAUAGCUUCAGCUAUGAUAGCAAUAAAUUGAGGAGAUUUUUCUAUAUUAUAUAUUAAUAAUCCUGUUUGAGAUAUUCGUUGAGCAACAAGAAGACAAAUCAGAGUACAUGCUUCACUAACUAGAAUAGAAAAUUAUAUAUCAUUCGAAAAAAUGAAAUUAAAAUAUAAAAAAAAAUUUUUUUUU